CGACGUAGCAUGUGGGCGUUUUCCUCGACUGUGACGCGCAGGUGCCGUACCGAAGUUAGCGGCGUCAACAUCUUUAAAAAAAAAUCGUGAUUUUUUUUUUUUUUUUCCUGUCAUUUUAAGCGAACCGGUGUUGCAGACGGGCUUGUAGUUGCGGAUAAAUUGUGACCGACGACGCACGCGAUCAUCGCUUUGCUGUGUGGGAGUUGCGGAGGCCCGUCGACAUGACUCUUAACCAGAACCAUUCGGAGUCCGGUGGAGUCAUUAUCAACAACAGUGAAAGCGUUUUGAUGAACCAUGACAACGUGGAGCUGGUCUUCGGCGACACGGACAGCCUACCCGAGGCCUUCAGAAAGAGUAAGAAGGGCAGCAUCUACCUGACUCCCUACAGGGUGAUCUUUGUGGCCAAAGGUCGAGAUGCACUCAGGUCCUUUAUGAUGCCUUUCUAUUUGAUGAAAGGCUGUGGGGUCAAGCAACCUGUACUGGGAGCAAAUUACAUCAAGGGGACCAUCGGUGCAGAGCCCGGAGGUGGUUGGGAGGGCAGCACAAGCUUCAAGCUCAUCUUUGCUGCAGGUGGCGCCAUUGAGUUUGGACAAUACAUGCUGCAGGUUGCCACUCAGGCUUCUCGAGGUCAGCCGGUCACUCCAGCGUUUGGUGGAUGUCCGUUUAUGGCUAACGGGGCCUAUGCUUACCCGCCUCCUCCUUCUAACGGGGCGUAUCCCGCCGGACCCCCGCCAGGCUACGCCUACCCCGACGUACCUCCUCCAGAUGGUUUCUACCCCAACCCUCCGGCAUUUGAUCGCGCCGCAGCCUACAUGGCGCCGCCUCCUUAUUCAUCCGCUCUGGGUCAGCAGCCUCGGCAGCCCCUGCAUGACCCUGAAGUCCCCUCUACGGCUGCCGCUGAGGCUAAAGCAGCCGAAGCCGCAGCCAGCGCCGCUUGUUGUUCCACGUUGCCGCCUACGCACGUGUACCUGCCAGAGGAUAAGCCUCCCCCUUACUCUCCUCCCGAAGACAAAAAGAACCAGUAGACCUGCUUGACUUACAUCCACUCGCCACGCCGACUCCAUCGACCGCCAUAAUAUCCGGUUCACUUUAAUUUAUUAGGAUCAUUCCCCUCUUGACUUCCGUCCUUCUUGUCUUCCGAACCACAUUCUCAACCACUCAUUCCAACCCUUUGGAUGACAUUUGAAGUGAUCAAAUACUGGAUAGAAAACGCAAUUGACGAGAGAGGGUUCUUAGUUCUUCUUCGUGUCUCGAGAGUGUUGCAAGAUUCCCCCCGACACUUCAUUUAGCUUUGCUAUGAUUUAUGGAAGGUCGUACUGUACUAACAAUCAGGUAUGACUGAAUCUUACGGUACACUUUGCUCCGCGAAUGUCUCCAGUGAGCUAGCUAAAUGUAGGAAUUUAUUUUUUUACCAUUUAACUGUAUAUAUUUCGAAGGUAAUAUAUAGCGUGUCACACUUAUCAGGACGUAUAAGGCAUCGGCACAUGGCGGUGGGUGAGAGGACUGCGUAAGAGUCCAGCAGUGAGUCUCUGAUCCAGGAUUAAGAUCAGACGGUGGAAGGUGGGUCAGGGUGAUGUACAGACAGGAUGGAUUAUGUUUUAUGUUGUCCAAAAGCAAAUGUUUUUUUUUUUUUUGACAGUUAACGAAACGCGGGACU